GAUCACGACUAGCUGCUGCGGCUUCAUAUUGAUCCAUCCAACUAUCCAUCCAUCCGCCCAUCCAGACCAACAGCUCAUUCAUUGAUAGAUUACCGCCAAUAUGGACCAAGCCAUCCAGGACCAGUUCCUCGCCGCGAAGAACCCCGGUGCCGCGAAGAACUCGGGCCCAUCCCUCCUCGCCUGUUUGCUAUGUCGACACAAGCAUCUCAAGUGCGAUGGCACGACGCCCGUCUGCGGUCGCUGCUCCGCCACGGGCGCAGAGUGUCAAUACACCCCCUCGCGUCGCGGCUACAAGGGCCCCUCGAAGAAGCGCCGGGCCAAUCCGUCGUCUCCCGACCAGGUGGCAGCCGAUUUGACCGCUGCCUUCGUGCCCCAGUUUUUCGAGGUCCCUGCCGAAUGGCCUCUCCCAUCGACGGUGUCGUCGUAUACCAUGCCGGCUACCACCUCGCUGACAACUUCCUUGCCCUCAUCGGUGCCGUCCGGCAGCCCCGAUUUGACGGAAUCCGUCUCUUCGCAGCCUCUCCCCGUCAAUAGCCCCCUGACACCAGAUUCGUUAUCCUCCAUCGCCGGAGACGGCUAUCUGGUUGACAUCUACUUUAACUACUUCCACCCCUCCCAUCCAAUCCUGCCUCCCAUCCGUAUCCUGUACCGAAACCAGGUGCCUCCGUUCUUGGAACAUGUCAUAAAGUUUGUCGGGACACACUUCGUGUCGGCUCCCACUGAAACUUACCGCCCAACAGUGAUGUCGUCCGUGAUGGCCCAAGAAGGGUCCAUCGAGAAACUGCAGGCGUUGGUCAUCCUCGCCAUUGUCCUCCAUUCCCGGAACGAAAGAGCCGAGGCGGGUGUAUGUGUGUCCACCGCGGUGGACCUCGCGUUCGAAUUAGGGUUGCACACCCAGGGGUUUGCGCGCUCCAUGAGCGAGGGCGAUCCCGUGCGGGAAGAGAGCCUGAGACGAACCUGGUGGGAGCUGUUCAUCAUUGAAGGCAUGCUGACCGCCCUGGGGGUUCAGCAGACCUACCGCUGCAACUCCGUGCCCCUGGAGGUGCCUUUGCCGUGCGAGGAGCGCAUCUAUCAGGACGGAAUGGCCCCACCGCCUGCGCCGACCAUUGCCCAGUUUGACGAGCGGGUGUUCGCGGACGAGGAGCGGGAUUUCUCCUCCUUCACCUAUCGCAUUGAGGCGGCCCGCAUCCUGGGCCGGGUGGUGGCCAUCCAGGACAUGAUCGAGGGCCAACAGGACCAGGUUGAGGCCAUUGACGCCCGGAUCACCAGCUGGUUCCACCAUCUGCCGGAAUCCAAGGCCGAGUUGUUGCGGCCUGAUGGGACGGUGGACGAGAUGAUGUUCCAGGCGACGAUGAUGGUGAACGGCUCGUCCAUCUACCUACACUUCCCGCGAUCCGACCUGCUGUCGUCGCCGGCGGUCGCCGCGGAGGUCAUCUGCGGUCAUCACGGGCCGUUGAGCAUUCCGGCCUUCUCGCACCACGCCCACGCCAUGAAGGCGGUCAAGGCGGCCAGCGAGAUCUCCAAUCUGGCGUCCAUCCGCAUGCCCGUCGUCAAGCACACCCCCUUCUUCAUCUGCUCCCUGGUGCUCAGCUCCAUGGUGCAGCUGGCGGCAUGCUCCGUAAAGGCCGGACAGAUGCCAGACCCCAGUCGCGACCGGCUCACCCUGACCAUCGGCGUGUUCAAGACCCUGGCCCGCACCUGGGCCAUCUCGCAGAGCAUCAUGCGACAGAUCAAGGCGGUCGCCCGCGAUGUAAUGGACCUGGGUCUCCGGCCCAACAUGGACCAAAUCGAUCUUACGACCGUCCUCGACAACAAGGGGUUCUGGCUGCUGCCGGACGUUCUCUCUGCAAUCCGGUAGAGCAGCGGCAGCAGCAGCAGCAGCACACAGUCCGCCUCCGUUCCCGGACCGAUCGUUCGCACAUAAAAGCGUUCCCCCUCUUUUCCCUGUUGAUAUUUAUCGAACAUCGCAAUGAUACCCCUCCAAGACUGCUGAUGAUUACUUUGUCAAGGAGACGCCGAGACGAAUACCAACGAGUUGAUUUUACUUUUUUUUUCCGGGGAUCUUUCUGCUCAUGCCCCUGCUUAUGCUCUCGGGUGGGCCUUUUGGUUACCAUCAACCACCAACACAGCCCUCCUCUCUAUCUCUAGGUCCUGCCAUUUCAUGGAUUCA